ACACAGUCGUGUUGAUUAGGUACGGUCACCGUUUUACGAAUAUAAAUUAUUAUCACAGUCACAUUGAUUUGAUAUCUAUAUACUGUUUAAUAUUUUCUUUUAUAAAGAUAACAUUUAUAGGAUAAAACUCAGUGUAAUAAGAUACCUCGGCGCAAUGGGUGUCGUAUCAAUAAAUCAAGGAAAGCUGAAAGGUGGUGAGGCAAUAAGUGAUAAUGGUGUACCAUAUUAUGAAUUCUUGGGGAUCCCAUACGCGAAACCCCCCAUUGGAAACUUGAGGUUUAAGAAUCCUCAGCCUCCAGAGUCAUGGGAUGGCGAAAGAGACGCGACGGCUAUUAAUGAAGAGAAUAUCUGCUGUCAGAUAGAUAUGAUGAAAGGGACCCCAAUGGGCAGCGAGGACUGCCUUUAUCUCAAUGUCUACACUCCGAAGUUACCUGAAACGAAUACGAAACCUUUAGCAGUAAUGGUUUUCAUUCACGGAGGAGGUUUCAUUUAUAGCAAUGGUAUUGUCAAAAAAGAUUUGGGUCCAGAUUACUUGAUUGACAAUGACGUAGUGGUAGUUACUUUUAAUUACAGAUUGGGUGUACUUGGUUUUCUAUCGUUGGAUAUUCCUGAAGCCACUGGGAAUAUGGGCUUAAAAGACCAAGUACAAGCCCUUAAAUGGGUCCAAAAUAACAUAAGUAAGUUUGGUGGAGAUCCCGAAAAUAUUACAAUAUUCGGAAUAAGCGCUGGGUCAGCUUCAGUUGACUAUCUUCUUUUAUCACCUUCAGCAAAUGGUCUUUUCCACAGAGCAAUUCUUCAGUCGGGUUCCAGCCUUAACCAUUGGGCGAUUAAUUAUGAACCCAAAAAUAUAGUAAACAAACUUCUAGAAAAAAUGGAAUACAGCGGAUCUACACAGGACGAGCGUGCCAUAUACGAAUACCUUAUGGAAAGUCCUAUUUCCAAAUUAUUAGAAGGAAGUUACAAAGCCAUUGAUAAUUUUACAACCGACAGAAUUUAUUUCGGCUUUGUGCCAACUAUUGAAAAGGAUUUCGGUGAUAACGAGGCUUUUAUGACUGAUAAACCUUACAAAUUAUUUAAAGAGGGCAGAUUUAAUUAUGUGCCGGUCAUCAAAGGAGUUUGUAAUAAAGAAGGUUAUUUAAGUAAUGCCUUAAAGCCAAACGUUGUCCUUGACGUGAUCGAAAACAAAAAUUUCGUCGAACACUGGGCAUACGAAUUAAAAGGAAGUGACAAAAAUAAAUAUAACGUAGAAUUCCUAGAAGCUUAUUCAGAAAAUCCGCAGCCCGAGGAUGAAAGCGACAAAAUAGGAGUAGACUUCUUCACCGACUUGGAUUUUACGUCAGGCGUUUGGUUAAGUGGAGAAAUGAUGGCAAGGAAAGGUGUUCCUGUAUACCUUUACGAAUUCUGUUACGAAGGGAAAAUGAACUUUUUCCAGCAUUUUUUCGGAAUGCUGCGGAAGGGUGCUGCUCAUGGUGAUGAUAUGUGUUACGUUUUCAAACACGAUAUCUCUAAUUUUGGUGACGCAAAAGACAAAGAAGUGAGGACAAAUGUUUGCAAAAUGUGGACCAAUUUUGCUAAAACAAGCAAUCCUACAUCAGAGGACAUAUCUAUUGAAUGGACUGAGUAUAAAGAAGACCUACCAGCCUAUCUCUGUAUAGACGAAAAAAUGACAAUUAAAACUGACUAUAAACCCAAAAAGAUGGCUAUUUUCAAAGAAAUAUAUGAGAAGUAUGAGAAUAAUGUAUAAUUAUUAUUUGAAAAUAUAACAAACUUCAUAUUUCUACACUGAAUUACAUUAAUAAUAUAAUUAUCACAUUUAAAGUACCAAUA